CUUUCGCAGACUGUGUCUUUAACUCAAUGUAUCAAGCAGCAACUAUUGCAGAUUCAAUCUGUCUUUGUAAAACUGUAUAAACGCGUGUCACAAACGAACCAGGGAAACUCCUAAGCAACAUAAAUACUUAUUGAUCAAACAGAAGCUGGUCUCCCAAGACAAACCGAAACAAUUACCUGUCAAUGUUGGCAUUGAGGCAGGGAUAUGACGGAGCGUUACUGGUGCUGGGGAACAAAGAGUCACUGGGACUGACCAUUUAGCGUUUUGCAUUUCAACGCUUAACACGCCGGUAUGCAGAACUGGAGCAUCAACAUGAACAACAUACAUCCGGCAUCCUGCAGCAUUGACGUUAAAGCACGCCGGGAAAUACGUGAGCCUUAAAACAAAGGAGUUGGUUUUGAUCAUCAGAAGUCGAUGAAAGGUGGCAAAUGGUUAUAUUCCGGGAAAAUGACUAUUUUCACGGCUUUGAAAUCUUGGAUUCCACGACAAAUACAGCGUAGAUAGGGCGUUAAAGCACGUUAUUCAGGCCCUUGGUAUGUAAAAUGUACAUAUACUUCUGAACAGUUUGAGUAUUGGAUGCCAUUAUCAGGACACGAUGCCCCUAACACUAUUGACCAUUUAGACCCGACACACGAGUAAUGGUCAAUCCGAGCAGCAGACAAACCCAUCUUAUUAACGUAUAUCUAUACCGCCAUCUUGUUAACGCCUCCAUCAUGACAGCUGGAUUAGCCUUCUUGUUGUGGGCGUGUUUAGUCAUACCUGUGUCCGGUCAAGGCAACACGUGUACCAAUUUGGACAAUGUCCAUCACCUGGAGAGGUCUGUCCAGGUCGCGGGAUCGACCUUCUUGGUCCUACAGGCGGAGGGCAUUAUGACCUGCGCUGCUCACUGCUUGAACCGGAAGAGAUGUAGAUCCAUCAACUUCAGCAUCCAGUCUGGUUUGUGUCAACUGAACGAGGAUGCCGCGACGAGUCAACUCGUCAACAAUUCGUCCUUUGUGUUCUCAGACAUCAGCAGAUGGCCACAGAGACUGGUUGGAGUUUGUGCCAAUCACGACUGUUCUCAGUUUGACGUUUGUAGGAGCAGAGCGAACUGGACAGCGCAAGCCCCUUGUAGUUUAGAUGACAAAGUACGUCGCCCGACGUCAUGCGCAGACGUAAAACUUUGUACCGGAAGUGAAGAAGAUGGCGAAUACUGGAUAUUUCUUGAACAAUUUGAUGGCGCUCCAAGACGAUUGUUUUGUCACGGAAUGAACGAGACUACGCCCAAGACGUUCCUGACUUUGUCAACGCCGAAUGUUGGCGUGGAGCCCAACAUCAGGAACCACAAGUGUAAAGGAGAGUACGUUCAUGGCCAACGUAAAGAAACGACGUACCGUAAAAUACGACUGAACGAAACAACUUUGGCCGUUGACAUAGAGGACGCAACUUUUGCCGAAGUUGUCGGCCAACCUCUCCGCUACGGACAGGCACAAGAUUGUUACUCUGAGCAUGACAAUGGCGUCCUGAGCGCGUGCGGCCUCAAGGGUUACUUCUUCAUUGACCUCAGUCACACUGGUUUUGUCGUCAGUGAAAAGCAAAAAUGGAAAACAUAUGGUUGGCUCCCAUUGGCGCUAGUGAAUAGGACAGAAGGAGGCGCCGUGGUGAAUGUCCAGUGUGGAGGGUUCUGCGGGGGGUGCACUCCCGAUGGGAAUCAGCUACUCCUUGAUCUGAACAGGUCGGAAGAUCUUCCUCAAUUGAAUGCCACGCUGGUGAGAUGUCUCUGAAGGAUAUCUGAAAGAGAAAUAUAUAUUGUUAUUGAUUUUGGGAAUUCUUACAAACCGUUGAUUGUUGAUGUCACCAAAGCACUUAUAAAUGUAAACUGAA